AUGAAAUUUUUGAUCCUUCUUAUUUUAAUUUACUACAUAUAUUUUAGUAAUGUUAUAAAGAUACGUAAAAAUGAUAUAUCCAUUAUAAAAAGAAGAACGUUAGCAAAUUCCGUUUUUUCUAAAAAAUGGAAUAAAACUAAAAUUAGGCAACCUUUUUUUUCUUAUAAUUUUUACCUGAACAAGCAAGGUUUUCUUCUUAAUCCAUAUGUACAGGAAAAAAUAAAAAACCAAAAAAGUACAGUUUUGAGAAGAUUAAAGAAGGAGGAUAAUUUGAAUAAGUUAUAUUUUCAAAAUGAAAAUAAUACAUAUAAUAACAAAUCAUUAUUUGAUAGAAGGAAUAAAUUUUUAAUUAAUAAGAAUGAGAAAUGUUUUUUUUUUUUUUUUAAAGAAGAAAAGAAAAAAUCAGAUUUUAUGAAGCUACUAGCUAAAUUGCCAGUUAUUACUAUAAAUAAAAAGUUAUAUCCAAAAGAAUAUAGUACUGAUUAUGAAAAUGUAUUAAGAAAAUUUGAUGUAACUUAUAUAAAUUAUAAGACAAGAUUAAGAAGUAAAAAAGAAAUAGAUAUACGUUCGAUUGAUGAUUUAUAUGGACAGAUAUAUGAUAGAAAUAUUUUGAAAAAACAAUUUUAUUUUUUUUUAUAUCAUGAUGAUAUUAAUACAUGUUAUCGAAUAUUAAAUGAAAAUAGAAAUGUAUUAACAAGAGAGGAAUCUUUUAAAAUAUUAAAUUCUUUACCAUACAUUUUUGUUAAUCAUCUUAAAUAUAUAUAUCCUACUGCUGAAAAUGUAGAUCACGUAUUGUCAAAGUUGUUAAAAACAUAUAUUUUUCAAUAUGCCAAUGAUAAAAAUAUUGAUUAUUUGAAUUUUAAGUAUAAAUAUAAUGAACUCGAUGAGUAUUGUAAAAAAAUGGAGCAGGACUUUUUGAUGGAAAAGGAGAAGAGGGAUAAUGAGCGAAAGGUAAUACAGUCGUCUCUCGAUGAGAAAUUAAAUGUGGAUGUGCAAAAAAGUGAUGCGGUACAAAAUGGUGUGCAAAAAAGUGAUACAUUACAAAAUGGUGUGGAAAGAAAUUAUAACGAUAAUAAUAGUGUGAACGAUCAUAAUAAUAUAUGCGUAAAUAUUUAUGAGGAUGAAGAAAAUGCCGAUUACGAAAAGAAAUACAAACACAUGUCAUACGAUUACGAAAUAAUUGAAUUCACAAAAAAGUACAAAGACCUAGUAGAGAAGUUUAGAAAAUAUCCAGAAAACAUAAAAUUAGAAAAGGUACAAUUAUUAUAUACUAAAAUUUUAAGUAUGAAAGGUAAUAAAAUAUAUGAGGCUCUUCGUAAACAUGAAAGUAUAAAAAAGAAUAAAGAAAGGAAAUUGUAUAGAAACGCUCGAUUAAAAGUAGAUCCUAAUAAAUUAACACCUUAUGUAAAUGAACCCAUAAAAUAUGAUAAGAAAAAAAAAAUCGAAAUUAAUAAAUUAUUUGAAAAAUAUGUAGAAGAGAAAGAUUUAAAAAAUGCGGCUUUAAUACUUCGAAAGUAUACAAAUCUUAUUGAUACUGUAGAAGUAAAAAGCAGAGAAACGAUGAGGAAUUUCUUAAAAUUACAUUCAUAUAUAUAUACAUGUAAUAAAUAUAAUGAAAAGGAAUUAGCUCAUUUGAGAAUGAUAUAUUAUUCAACAGUACAAAAACCAACUAUUAUAAGAAAAAUUUGUGAAGUUGGAAUGAGAGAACAAGGAGAAAAUGUAACACAUGGUGAAGUUUAUGAAAAAGAAUUAAAUAGAUAUUUAAAAGAACGAGAUGAAUUAAGAGAUGAAAGAUUAAGAAAGAAAAAUAUAAAUAUCGAUGAAAUCCGUGAUUUUAGUUCAGCUUAUCCAAUGGAAUGGUUACCUGUUAUCUAUAGAGAUGUUUUCGAACAAAUUGAAAAAGAAAAAGAGGAAGAAAAAAAUAAGAAACCUUAUGAUAAGAUACUUGAUAAAACUGCAUUCUUAAAAAAGAAAAAAGAAUAUAUCAAGAAUGUCUUUUCCCCAAGUACAGAUAUGAAGAAAACUACAUCACAAGGAUCAUUGUCAAAUGAUUCAAAUGAAAAUAUAAAGAAAACAAAUAAAUACGAUUUUAUGAAUGAAACCAAUGAACUAAAGGUUGGUAGAAAUGUUAUAAAUUAUAAGAAGAGAUCUAAAAUAAGUAAGAAAAAGAGAAAGGACAAAACUCCAAAGGACGCUAAUAAAAAGAAUGAAGAUGCUUCAUAA